AAGAACCAGGGAUUCGAUGUCCUUUACCACAACAUGAAACACGGGCAGAUCUCGGCCAAGGAGCUGGCGGACUUCGUGCGGGAGAGGGCGGCCGUGGAGGAGGCCUACGCCAAGGCCAUGGUCAAGAUGUCCAAGAUGGCCGGGAACAGCACCCAGCUGGGGACCUUCGCCCCCCUCUGGGAGGUCUUCCGCAUCUCCUCGGACAAGCUGGCCCUGUGCCACGCUGAGCUGGUGAAGAAGCUGCAGGACCUCAUCAAGGAGAUCGGCCGCUAUGGGGAGGAGCAGCUGCGGGCCCACAGAAAGUCGAAGGACGAAGUGGCCGGGACCCUGGAGGCCGUCCAGCAGCUUCAGGGGGCUGCCCAGCACCUGCCCAAGGCCAAGGAGGCCUUCCACAGCCGGUGCCAGGAGCUGGAGAGGCUGCGCAGGGAGGGGGCCAGCCAGAAGGAGAUGGACAAGCGGUUCCAGGAGGUGGAGGAGUCGCACCUGCAGCACCUGAAAUCCCUGGUCGGCUCCUACAUCCACUCGGUGGAGGACACCCACGUCCAGAUUGGGCAGGUGCAGGAGGAAUUCAAGCAGAACAUGGAGAACAUUGGGGUGGAGACGCUGCUGCGCAACUUUGCCGAGAGCAAGGGAACCGGCCGCCACCCACCAGGGCCCCUGGACCUGGAGGAGCUGAGCAUGAUGUCCUCCUCGCAGGAAGGGCCCAAGCGGAGCCGCAGCAAAGCCUUCCGCAUUCCCGGACUCGGGCGUAAGGAGCGCGGGCGGGACUCCGGGGAGUCUCCGGAGGCGGAUUCAGGGCCCCCCGAGGUGGACGAGGAAGGCUUCACCGUCCGGCCAGAAACGAACCAGAACGGCGAGCACAGCAGCCGCUUCUGCUCCUCCAGUGACUCGGAUUACGACGACGAGGACCCCCCCAAAUUCUACAUCCGGAUCAAGCCCAUCCAGCCCCCCGAGCGAGUGGGCAGUGCGGCCACCUCGGCCGCCACCGAGCAGCUGAAGGCCUCAGUGGGCAGCCUCAUCCUGCCCCCCUGCGUGGGGGGCACCAUGAAGAGACACUCCUCCAGGCACUUGAAAACCUUCCCUUCGGCUGCCGCGCUGCCCACCGACUCUGGGCCGGCCCCGGGCGCAGGAGAGGGAGGUGGGAGACCGGGAAGUGCUGCGACCCCCAGCCUGCUGCCCCGGAUGAGCAGCUGUGAGAGCCGAGGGAAGCCGGAGGCCCUUCCGGCCAGCGCCUUGUUUGGGCCCCCGCUGGAGUCGGCCUUUGAGAACGAGCCCUUCACGGGUGAGUCCCCCUUUGGAGGGGGGGUGCUGCUGGUCAGCUGA